AUGGGGACGGAUGGAACGGACGGAUGGAUGGACGGAUCUUUCCAACGCACGGGACACCCUGUGGGCGACGACGUUGUCUCUCCCAUGGAGAACGAGGUAAUACUAUGGCCAGAUGGGGAAUGGGGGAGGAGCGCCACUCUCUCCCGGAACGAAUACCAUGGUACCAUACGUGAAGGUGGGAUACGAAACCACGCCCCUAGUGCCUCACAUUCAGGGCCUAUUUGCAAGGCCUUCGGUAGAUGUCGCUUAUCGCUACCCCAUUUACCUCUCCAUUAA